CGUUUUACACACCACCGGCCAUGCGGUGGCAGCAGAGAGCGAGCGGUUUGUUCAUCCGCUUGCCUUUAAUUAAACUGUCAAGCGAGUGACGUUCAGGGCUGAGUGUGGGAGUAAUUAGCAAGCAAGAUUAUCAACGAGUCCUAGAGCGAGCCAAAAAAAGGAGAAAAUGGAGAGAGAAAAUUCAGUGAAGUCACUGAAAACAACGCCGUUCGAGAGGAGAACACUGCAGGAGAAACUGAGAGUGAAGGAGCUCGGACCUGACCGGCCGGACGUCUUAAUUAGACAACAGUCGGUGGACAGAGGGAGGAGAUAUACGCGGUCUUUUUCUUUAUUUUGCUUCCCUUGCCUGCUUUUUCAAACCAAGGGAACUGAUCAAGCCUGGAUUCAGACAGGUAUGGCGGAUUUAAAGCAUUUUUCCGAGAAAGUAAGAAGGCAUGAGCAAGCUAGGAGCCACAUGGAAAAUGCUAUGCGUAUGGGCAUGUUUGGGAGAGCUAACAUAGCAGCUCAGCUUGAUGAUGGCUACAGGAUAGGCAUCCGUAAACAUAACGAGGAGGUCGACAAAAAUAGGCAUGUGCUGUCUAAAUUAAUAGACUGCAUUAAGUUCUGUGGUGCCUUUGAGCUCGCCCUGAGAGGCCAUGAUGAGAGUGAAAGCUCCGAAAAUCCAGGUGUUUUCAGAGGGCUGGUGGAUUUUGUAGCAUCACUAGAUGCAGCUGUCCAUGAGCACCUUCAGACUGCCACUGUGUUUAAAGGGACAUCCAAAACAGUGCAGAAUGAACUCCUUGACUGCAUGCUGGCAGUUUUGAGAGUCUAUUAUUGAGGAAGUUCAGUGUGCAGACUUCAUAUCCAUCCAGGCUGAUGAAACAAUGGACAUCUCCACCCAGUGUCAGCUUGUUCUUGUGAUCCGCUACAUCGACAAAAUGAAUGAAGUGCAGGAGAGAUUUUUUGAGUUUAUACCUCUGCAAUCUGCCACAGCUGAGUCCAUUGCCACAGCACUUUUGGAGAGGCUGAGCCUCAUUCUCCCUGAUGACCAGAAGAGCAAGCUCAUCUCCCAGGCCAAUGAUGGUGCGAGUGUCAUGAGAGGAGCCACAGGUGGUGUACAGAAGAAAGUGAGCGAUGGGUAUGCGAAUGCACACUAUGUCCACUGCUAUGCUCACCAGCUCAACAUUAUCAUGCAGCAGGUGACAUCCCGUAUCCCAAAAGUUGGUCCGUUCUUCUCUGACCUAGCUGGAUUCUCAGGAUUUUUUUCAAGAUCCCCCAAGAGAACCAGUGUGCUUGACAGAGUGGUGGCACACAGGCUUCCAAGAGCAAGCACAGUAAGGUGGAACUUCCACAGCCGUGCUGUCAACACUGUGUUUGAGCACAAAGACGACCUCCUUCAGUGCUUCGAAACCAUCAGGGACUCAGGUGACUUUGAUCCUACCACUGUCCAUGAAGCUGGAGGUUUUGUGAGACUCCUGGAGGAUGCUACCUUCUGCUUCUUCCUGGAGCUUUUCCACCACAUCAUGCCUCAUGUGGACAUGCUCUACAGCCAACUCCAGAAGAGGUCCAUCGAUUCGGUCUUUGUCCACAGAGUGAUGCAGCAGUUCACCGACAACGUCCAGAUGAUCAGAGACUCCCUCCCUACUGUCAGUGAAGAACAUCACAGCUGUGUGCCUCAGCAGCAGCUGGCCAAGAAGCGCCACACACUGGGACCAGAUGAACUACAGAGGAUAGCUACAGAGAUGAGAUCAAAGCUGAGGCUCUGGUUUGUGACACAAUCCUGGGCCAUGCAAAAGAGAGGUUUGCCUUCACCAAACACCUAAUCAGUGCUACACUGCUUCAAGGAGACAGAUUCCAGGAGUACGACAGCCAGUUCCCUGAAGCAGCACUCAACACCACCAUGGAGGCCUAUCCAAUGCUGAACAAGGGCAAGCUGAAAACUGAACUGUCACUCAUCUUCAGCAACACAGAGUUCAGGAGUUGCAAUGGUGCUGUGGCUCUGUACCAGCGCUUCAUGAGCAACAAUCUUCAGGACACCUUCUCAGAGACUGUGUCUCUCCUGAAGAUCCUCAUCACGACUCUAAUGAUGACAGCUGAAUCUGAGAGGUGCUUCUCAACACUAAAAAGAAUCAAGACCUUCCUCAGGAGCACGAUGUCGCAGGAUCAUCUUAAUGCACUGACCAUGCUCUCUAUGGAAAAGAAACUUGUCAGGGAGACCCCAGAUUUUAACCAUAGAGUCAUUGAGAAAUUUGCAUGUCUCAAAGACAGAAGAGCAAAACUUGCAUACAAAAAAUAACACAGAUGUAGAGGUGCUGGCUUUAAUCUCUAAAAUGUGAGGAUUUACUUUUUUUGUCAUUUAAUAAUGUAAAUAGAAAUGUUAGUUGACACAAGUGGCACUUUAGACUGAAAGCCUGUUGAUUUUCAUAUGGUCUGAAAUCUGAGGAAUUACUGUUUUUCUUUAUUUUCAUUGUAAAUAUAUAAUGUUAGUUGACAGAAGCACUUUGGGCUCAAAGCCUAAGAUGAGAUAGGUUUUAUUUGUCACAUGCACAGUUAUACAUAGUAUAAUGCCUAAUGGUUUCAGUAUUUUUUUUUCAGGCAAAGUGACAAAUUUUUAUUGCUUUGAUCUUAAAUAUGCAGAUUUGCUGUUUUCUCAUUGUCAUGUAAGGUUGUUAAUAUAAAAGUUAGCUCACAGAAGCACUGUCUGCUUUAAGCCUUAUAGUUAGAUUUUUUUUUUAACAAAAUGUCCAAUGUUUGUUGGUUUCACAGGUAUGGAUUUGUUUUUGUUUAUUUGAGUAUGUAAAUAUAAAUAUGUUGUUCCAAAGAUGUGGCUGGACAGAAGAAGCACUUGGCACUGUUUGAAGCUGGAAAAAUGAAUUGUUUCUUUUUUUUAUUUUUGAAGUAAAAAAUAGAUUUGGA